UCAGUGCAGACAAAAGAGAGCUGGAGGUGUUUACCUCCUCCUGUGCAGUGGGUUCCACACGGAUUAUUCAGCCAUUCUUCCCUCAGCAAACUUCAGCAAAAGCUCUGGGAUUUAUGUCACUUUCGACUUUUAUUUUUUUGUUUUACUCUUGGAAGUUCAUGUUUUGCUCACUUUGGACCAGUGGAUCCUAUUUGGACUCGCAUUGAAAUUAUUUUAGCCAUUUAUUUUACAGCCAGCUUUACAUCGUGGUGUUCUCGGGGGCCAGUGGUUAUGUCCCGCAACUGACAUGCAACCUCCGUCCAGACCACAAAACCGGUCCGAUGGCUCGACCGCAGUAACGGCAAGAGGGGAGAGCGAAGGGGAUCCACCACUCGUCGGUGCCGCUGGAGCCCCAGCGCAAAACCCCAGUUCGAAAGACAGCGGCGAGCGGAGCCUUGGCCACCUCGGCUCCACCGGAGAAGGAGAGCCAGACUCGCCGCCCCGGUGCAGAACCAUAGCCACCUCUCCUGUCAACAGCCUAGACGUGUUUCAAAAGAGGUCUAUAUUCAGCUUCUCUCGUCGCUCGUCCAGUGGAUAUUUCUCCUUCGACAGCGACUCGCUACCGAGCUCCCCGCUCUCCCCGAGGCCAGCCACGGUUGAACGAACCACGCAGACCCCGAGCCCCACCAGCCAGGUGAUGAAACACGCCUUGCAGCGCAUGGCGGAGGCGCACGGCGGAGGAGCGAGGAUGCAGCAGCAGCACGAAAGCUCUCCCAGCCCCUCUAGCACACUAAACGCAGCAGGGGACAUGCAGGCGGAGGCAGUCGGACAAGAGCUCCGACGCAUCGGAGACGACUUUAAUAGACUUCUCCUGUUAAGGGGGGUGGCAGGUGGACAUAGACAUGUUGUGAUCCAUCCGAACCAGUUGCCACAAAUCCACCAGGAGCCUGCCGUGCUGUUGUGCAUGGGCCUCCUGCUCCUCGUGAUCGGUCGAAUAAUCUACUACCACGGCAGUACGAACAGCCCGGACCACUCUCAGAUCUCAGUCCAGGAAAAAUGAUCUUGCACUCCUGUCACGCGAGGAUCCAGCAUGCCACAGACUCAUGACCUGUGUGGGACACAACUGGGCCAAAUUUUUGGCACACAAUGUUCAGAAUCUACUGUUUUAUCCAACUUUCUGUUACCAUGAAAUACACGUCUUCUUAGAGUCAACUGUACAUCAGCAUUUUCAGCCACAUAAAUGUAUUAUGUCUAAAUUUUGUACUAAAUCACACAGAUACAGAGUUUUACAAGUAAAGCCCGAUUCAGACUAGAUUAAGAUUCCAGGGAGAGGUGAGGUGGGUAAUGAAAUAUUUGCUGUGGUCCUCAGCUACUAACCUGCUUGUCCAGGAUAAUAUUCAUGCUGUUGACAAAUUCCAGUAUUUGGUUUGUAGAAGACAGAAAUAAUCUGAGGGACAAUCAUUAUCACCAGAAAAGUAGAUCUCUGCUUGCAAAAACAAAUAAUUGGGACUGUAUAUAAUUCCUGUGGCAGGGGAAGAAUAAAGCGCUCUGGACUGAUCAGCAGGUAAAAUAUUAAAACUACCCAACUUGCCCUGAAAAUGAAUUAAGUUUGAAUGUAGCUUAAUAUUGUAUUUGUCUGCAUUAAUCAUAAAGUGUCAAUUUUGUUUUGUGUCAUAUUCUAAUACCCUGCAUCAAGUUUUAUCUACAGCAGCUCCUGCUUCAUCAAAUAUGUAAUCAGGUAUCAGUAAUCCAGAUUUUUAUUCCUUCAAAGGUACGUUAAGUAGAUGCACAAAGAUUGCUGAAGUUUUUUGAACAAACAUGCAUAUUAUAGAAAUUUCUAGUCUUGGAAAAUUGCAAAAUUAAUGUUUUAUCCAUGGAUUUCAAGAGUACUUUACAACUUAUUAAACAGCAAUUGGUACACAAUAGACAGUAUAACUUGUUCAUGUGUAAAGUGAACCUGCCCAGAUAGAUGUUUAUAAAAUUUUUUUAAAACUGAACCACUGAUAUUAGUGUAUUGAUACUGUGCCAACCUCUGAGUGACUGAUACUCUAGCUUUCCUUUAUACAGGAAAGCCUGUGUGUUUCUGUAACCACUACAGCCACUAGGCACAUGGUCCUCCACACACAUACACACACUAAAGUGUUUCAUGAAAUAUAUCCAAGAAUUAUCCAAAUACUAUCUGUGUACAUGGAUUCCUAGAGAAAAAAAAAAAAAAAGACAGUAAAAAGCAUUAAGAGGCUUCAUUUUCCUCUUUGCUCCGGUUGUAUUCAGCAUUAAAAACCAAAGAUUUUGCACGUUAAUGUUCAGAAGCAGGAGCAGAUUAUUUCACUUGUUAAUGCAACGAUGAGAUUUUAAUACUUGUUACUGAGCUGCCCAAUUAGUGAAACUCAAAAGAACAACACGAUGAACAAAAUGAACAAUCAAAUUAUGUCAAUCAUUUAAACAUUUUCUCACAUUCUGCCUUUUGCAUUUACAAGCCUUAGUUCGACGACGUUUCAAUAUUCAAAGCAGCUUUUUCUGUAGUGAGUGAUCAAACAGUACCGUCUUCCACCGUUCUCCGUCUCAGCCUCUGGAUUUACCAUUAGCAGCCGGACUGAUGUAGCUGACAUGUGUUGGUUUGUUGACAAGGUCAUGGUAUCCGUUUAUUAGUGCAGUGAUUCAGACCCAGCCAAGUCUCCUCACGCCUGCCAGGUCAUUAAACACUCUGAGAGAGAGAGAGAGAGAGAGAGAGAGAGAGAGAGAGAGAGAGAUUUCUGGACAGAAACCAAACACUGAAUAACACAGAGUCAAAGAGGGGUUUUUGUUACUGACUGGUUACAGCAAACAGUGGUGAUACGGGCUUCAGAUUACGUACAUUUAUUCUUAUCUUUGUGCUCAUUAAAACAUAUCAGUUCUGGUCACUGUAAUUUUUUAUUUAUUAGGUCUUGGCUUGUGAUUACUAAAAUGCAUGAUAGCAGUUACAGCUGAUUUAACUGAAGCAGAGCGACGAUACCCAGCUUGUGAAAACCUUAUAUGCAAAAAAUAUGAAAUACCUGGAGGAUGCUGUUUGAAAUACGUCAGUUUCUUUAGUUAGCUGUUCAGUUUUAGGUGUUCAAAGAUACAGUGUUGAACAAGAAUUAUGCAAGGAAAAAAAAAAUGACCCAAGCACCUUAAAUGGCUAAGAGUAUAUGCAUGUUCAGCAUGAGGGAUGCGCUGUGCUGCUCUUUAUCUUAGGUGGGGGAACUUGACCAGAUGUGCAAUUGCCAAACCAACCAGUGACUCCUCAACAGUGAAGCCUUCUGUCUUGUAAAACCGAAAACACUUCAGAUAAAGCAUUAAUCUCCCAAACAGGACUAUUUAUAACCCAGACUGGGUGUGGGUUCGCCAUUUUCUGCCCAUUGAGCUACGCAGUAGUAAACAUCAAACACUGUAUUUUAAUGUUGACCAAAGAGAUUUGCGCCAUCCUGUAUGUUGUUUUGAUCGGUACCAAUCAAUCAGAAAGUCAGAAUAUGUUCAUUCAGGAAUCGCAUUUAAAACUUUGCUCUUUAUUGGAAGUUCAUCUGUUUCACAUUGCGGAUACUGUUUUGUUAUUUGUGUCACAUGUGCUGGAUUUAAUCGUCUAAAACAAAUUAGUUCCGCUCCGUGUGAGGCUACCCACACAGGAACAGCAAAUCAGAACAGCAACAGAAGUUUUGUUGUAACACAAUCAAUAACUAAAUUCAUCUGAGUAUGUUUGAGUCACUCCUGGGUGUUUCCGUUGUCCUGUCAACAGCCAUUCAUCACAGAUUAAGUGUGAUCCUGGCUUUCAUCAUUCCCAAAAUCUCAUUCCAGCAACUCUGUAACCUGUGAAAUCACAUUUUUUUUUUUUAAUGGUUAAAUCAGCUGUUCAGCCUCAAGAGUUUCAUUCUCUAACAUCCUACUCUGAGACGAUGGAUUAGUGUCAGGUUGUCAGCUCAGUAACUGAAGCUUGUUGACACAUGUUUUUGCACGCAUAAAGUACAUGGUGGAGACUUGGAUGAUUUAUUUCUGUGGAUAAAAUCGACAGAAGAACCUGCUUUUGUACAGAUGUCGAAACUUCACGAGCUGAUCCACCUCUCACGUGAAAACAGUCUCACAAAAAUAAUGUGUGAAAGACAGAAUCAGUCAGAAAACAGUUGUAAACGAUGGAUUAAACUCAGAGGCGGGGCCACAAUCUGAUUGGCAACCCAACAUUACUUGUUGGAAAGUCAGUCAAACAACCACAAAGGGAUACAGGACAACCACAAAGACACACAAACUACCACUGCACCACAUUCAAAGGGUUUUUUAAAACCCUUUAAACCUGCCCCUGGGUAAACCUACUUUUGCCCAAUUUUAAUUCAUCAGUCACUAAAGUUUAAAACUUCAUUACGUCCACAUUUUCUUUUCACCACGCUGUAUCACACUACUUUCUGUUUCUAGUCGUGUUUCCUCCUUGUCAUUCGUUUCCUGGUAGAGAUUCAUGUAAAAGAAGAUGAAACAUUUCAGAUUAGUGACACACAAUAUUCUUUUGGAGAUGCAAACGUUUCACGCUCGUCUUCCUGUGUACCAAAUUUACUCGCUUUGCUUUUCCGCCGCUGUGACACUGAGAGCGCUGUGACUGCAUGUUGAUUUGUGAUAUUGUGCCAUGUGAAACCUUAGACCUCAUUUUGAAGUACUGUAUUAGAGCUGGAGUGUGAGAGGAGAGCAUGGCAGGGAGGAAACCGAAAGAUGAAUUACCGUCUUCUGAAACUGAUAUGGAAACCUGGUUAUGUGUUGAUUCAUCACCUAACUUUAGUAGGUGUUGCAGCACAGAAACAGUUGUGUGACAUUUUACUUUUACUGGCUGGCGAAUUGUAUUUGUUUGAGCUUCGAGGAUUAAUGGAACAGGAGAAUCAUUCAAAGUCAAUGAUCUGUCCACAGGAAAAGCAACAUUUAUACUUCUUACUGUUUUUUUCAUUGGAUCUGUUAAAAAGUUAAAACACAUGAAGUAUAGGGGGCCCAGAGAGACUGUGGUGUGUUGUGCUUUGCUGCAAAUGCUGUACAGAAAUGCAACUAUUGGAGCCUGUUUGUGCAGAAAUAGAAACAAACUAAUAUGAACGACUCCAAACGACCCAGUUCAAAUGUAGCAAUGAUUUUUUUUUUUUGUUUAUACUGUUUAUACCAUUUGCAAUAUUGUAAUUAUGCUGUUUUAAUUGCUGUAAAUAAAGCAUUUUCAUCUUUUUACAUUUAA